GUGGAGCAAAGGUUGCCUCAUAGCCUGGGCCCUUCUCCAGAGCUCGGCGGCGUCAUGACGGUGGGCGCCCGGCUCCGAAGCAAGGCGGCGAGCAGCUUGGUGGGCCGAGGGCCCCUGGGGCGAUCGCGCCGCGCCUGUGACGAGGAGACAGAUGCCAUCGUGGAGCACCUGGAGGGCGAGGACGAGGACCCGGCGAGCCCGGACUGUGAGCGCGAAGAGGGCGGGCGGCGCGCGGGGACCCCGAGCGCACGCAGGGUGCACCUGGCUUCGCUGCCUGAGCGCUACGACUCCCUGGAGGAGCCCGCGCCAGGCGACAAGCCCAAGAAGAGGUACCGGCGAAAACUGAAGAAGUACGGCAAGAAUUUUGGGAAGGCCAUCAGCAAAGGAUGCCGGUACAUUGUCAUUGGCCUGCAAGGAUUUGCCGCAGCGUACUCCGCCCCAUUUGGAGUGGCCACCAGCGUGGUGUCCUUUGUGCGCUAACCAGAGCAGCAGGGGCAGGUGACACCAGAAUGCUUCUGCCCAGGGGACAGUGUGAAUCCACCGGCACUUCAGACUCAGACUCGUGGGAACUCGGAAGAGGAACCCUGCUUCGUGUGCUUUUGUUGAACUGGUUGACCAUGAGGCAGGAGCCGUCCCCGCUCAUUCGCUGAGCCAGUCAUGGACUUGGGUGGAUCCAGGAGUCAGUUCUGCAGAGAAUUGGGCCAAGGUCAGGCUGGGGUUAGGAUUAGCUUGCUUCCUGUGCUAGUUAGAGCCUUUCGGGGAUACACGCAGGCAGGCCCACGGCAGGUCUGGGGUCUGAGUCAUGCGGAUAGUGGGUGAAUUUGCCGGAGGAGGACACAGACCUCUGAUGUGAUGGUUGCUUGUUUCUGAAAAGGCUGGGGAGCUGACGGCACUAGCCUUGACCUUCCUUGGUUCUUUCACUGAAUACAGCCAGAGAGCUGUUUGUUUCGGAAGUCUAUCUCCCCCAUCUCUUUUCUCCACUCGGACUGUCAUCUUGGGAGUUUAAUUACGGGUUUGGGAAGAAAGAAGGAAGGAAACCAUCUUUAAAGACCAUGAUGCUUUGUAACGUGUACUCACAGCUGUGUGGGGACAAUUGAAAGAAGAUCAAAGUGUAUCAUUUUCACCCACCUACAUAAGCCUGCAGCUGGCAAGGAGGGAGGGAGGUCAGGGUCAGAAGCAGGCUGGGAGGCUGCAACAGGUGCUGUUGGAAGGUCUGGGCCAGCUAUUGUGUUCUGAGCUGUCAGGACUCCUGCAGAUGUGGCAAGCCACACCAGUUCACUGCAACAGGUGCCCAAGUCCCCCAUUUGAUUGAGGAGAGGGAGAGGGAAAGGGAGAGACAGACAGACAGAGACAGACAGACUGAAUGGAAACUGACAUGUAUAUUUAGAGGAGGAAAUGGUAAGUAAGAGGCAGGCAUGAAGAAAGGCCAAGAACAACAUUGGAAAAGUGAUGGAGGUUGGGACCUAGGCUUGCGAUGGGGAUUUUCUUGGGAGGGCUGGGCUGGUUGUAUAUAGGACCAGAGGAAGCUGUGGGGACCAGAGUCACCAUGGUGGUUGGGUUCAUCCCUCUUAGGCCUGCAUCUCACUUGGAUUCAAAGACUAGUGUAGGCAAGAGUCCCAGGCUUGGCACACAUUGAGCAUCAUUUGUAGACGACCACGGAAUGCUGGGAGAAGUGGAGAAGAAACCCUUAAAAGUUGAACUGGCAUGGGUCACAAUUGUUUUUAAAGUAGCUCACAGAGGCCAAGAUUCCAACUUUGCUUCUCGAAUAUUCCAGAUCCAGAGAAGGUGUUGGGACCACUCUGCAGGAUCCGGGUCAGCCUGUUGGCCUGAGGCUUCCUGGGGCACACAAAGAAAGCCAUGGUAUUCAUGCCUUACCCACUGAGUCCAACCAUUAGGCACUGGUGGGUGGGUAGGGUAGGAAGAUGGACAGAGAGACAGGCGCAGAAGACAGUGGUAGUUGCCCAUUUAGACCCAGCCCUGCUGAAUAUGCCCAGGCCCUAGAGCUGGGAAAUAGUCUUGCUUUAGCCCCAGUAGCACUAGCUGCUAUGUGCAUGGAUUCACACCCGUGACAGAGUGAUGCUUGCUGGAUAGGCCUAGGAUGGGAAAGGAGAGGUUAAUGGGAGAAAGGACCGCAUGCAGUUAGUUGGAAAGAGACAGAAAUGGGAGGCUUUGCAGGGUGCCUCCCCUGCCAACCACAGCUGAGCCCCCAGAAGCUAACAAGGGAGAAGUGUGAGAAGGGAGAGCCGGGCAGGGAGAAGUGUGGCCCAAGGAAGGGAUGGGCAGUCAAUGUUGCUUCCUCUCCUGGGAGUCUCUCCCUCCCCACCUCCCAAAUUGUGAAAGCAACAAAGCAAAGCACAUCUGGCCAGGUGUCUCUCAAAGUCUGGCUAAGAAUUAACUCAAAGCGUCCAAAGUCAAAAGCUCUCAGGGGUUGUCCUGGGACUCGGUGGGGUUUGCUGCAAGGUGGACUUCAGCCCCUGGAGCAUGCUGUGUGGUCACAUCGCCGCCUGUGUGGGACUCUUGGUUCUGAGAGCCUGGUUCUUCCAGCCUGCAAACUUGGUUCCUGCUGCAGACUGCUCUUCUUCGCUUUUCCUGGUUAUUCUCUUGUGUCCAGCAGCAGGUCCCACACCCCACUGCAACCGAGUUUAAGAGCUUAGCUCUCCCACUACUGGCUUCCAAACCCUUCCUCUGUAUCCCUCCCUUGCCUUUGCUGUAAAUAAAAGUCCCAGCUUGUCUGGUUUUCCUGUGUG